UGCAAAGUAAUAUCAUACUUAAAAAAAAGGCAGGAAUAGGGUAUUUUUAUAACAUUACGGUAGUUAUUAAUUAUAUUCUGGUAACACUAGUCUUAGCAGUGUCUCACUGUCUGACGAAGGUACAAUCUGACAGAUUAAAAGUAUUGAUUUUGUCUCACAACAAAAUUGAUAAUGGAACCGAAUCCCGUAAUUAUUGCCGCGACUGCAAGGCAAACAGCGUCGCUUAUAUUUUUACAUGGUCUUGGUGACACCGGUCAUGGAUGGGCGAGCACUAUUGCCUCUAUCAGAGGCGCACACGUCAAGGUGAUAUGCCCCACGGCAGCCACUAUGCCAGUAACUUUAAACGCCGGUUUCCGUAUGCCGUCUUGGUUUGACCUCCGGACUCUGGACGCAACGGCGCCUGAGGACGAAGAGGGUAUUCUGAGAGCUACCAAUCUAAUACAUGGUCUGAUUGGUGAUGAGAUUAAGUCUGGAAUUCCUGCAAACAGAGUGUUACUUGGUGGAUUCUCUCAGGGAGGAGCUCUUGCAAUGCAUGCUGCGCUCACGUACCCAGAGAGAUUGGCUGGUGUCAUGUCAUUGUCGUGCUGGUUACCGCGUCACGCCAAUUUUCCUGAUUGCGUGAAAGCACCACUUGAUUUACCUAUAUUCCAAGCUCAUGGAGAUUGUGAUCCGGUGGUUACGUUUAAGUGGGGACAGAUGACUGCCUCAUUUCUCAAGACUUUUAUGAAAAAUGUUGAAUUCAUUACAUACCAAGGCCUUACACACAACUCCUCAGAUGCUGAACUAAAAGACAUGAGAGCCUUUAUAGAAAAAACUUUGCCCGCCAUUAAGUAAAAUAAUACAAACUUAAUCAUAUAAUACGAAAGAAGUUAAAACCGAUUUCACAACUAACUAGAUAUUAUGCCUUAGAUAUCCUUUGAAAAGUAAUUAUUAUGUCAUACUAUUAGGCUGCCCAGUGCCCAUAGUGCUCUCAAUAUUGUUUAGCAUUCUACGUACAGUCAAUUUAAUGUAGCGGUGUUAAAAUAUCUAUUGAAAUGUAGCUAGAGUUUAGAAACGCGUCUGGAAAAAAAUGCGGGAUUCGAACCUAAAAAUAUUUUUCAAGUACAGCAUAAUUAUAUUUGAAUAAACACGAAUUUAUCUUUUUGUUAUAAAAUUAUUUAAAGACUUAAGUGAUACCUAAUAAUACAACUGGAUAAUACAAAUUUAAAAUGUUUUAUGUAUCUACAUGAAAUAUAUUAGAAAUCUUUUUGAUCAGUUUAGAAUUAUAUUAUCUUCGUUUUUUCUUUUCCACUUGAAGCCGCGGAAUACUUUAAGGAUAAUAAUAUAUAAUAUAUGCUAUGCA